AUGGAGUGGUUUCACUGUAAUAACUGUUUCUCGAGAAAAGGCAAGAAAUUUGUUGUGUCCAGCUGUGGCCACCUGCUUUGUGAGAGCUGCGUCAAUCCAAGUCACUGCAGUGUUUGUCGAGCCACCUGCCACUACCUGCCAAUAUCUGACCAGAUGAAACCUCAGGAACAGAUGUUCUUCAGAGACCCCGUGAACCUCAUUCAGACACGUAUGGAACAUAUUGCACAGAUUGCAUUGUUUCAGAAAAAGCAGAAAGACAGGAUCAUAGCCUUCCACAAACACAAAUUAGCAGAGAUGGAAAGAAGGCUAAAGGAAAUCAGCGAGCAGUGCUACAGGCAGGUGUCAGAACUCAAAAAAGAAAACACAGAACUCAAGAAGCCUCUUUCCCAGUGGAAGACAUCCCCUGGGAAGUUUCAAGCCAAUCCUCCUCCUGUAUGUAGAGGCAUUUCAAGGAUGACACUACCAGUGGCUGUUACAUCCCCAGUCACUCCUCGUUCCAGAACUGUAAGUCACCCAGGCUCUCGUGAUACGAUGGAGAGGUUUCGGCACUCAAGACCCAUCCUGGCGACUCCACCAGAUUCAGCCACCCCUGUGUCCUCACUGAGUUCAGUGCAUGAGCAUGGAUUUAGGACACCCAGCUCUGCUAACACACCCUUGAGGUCAGACCACAUGACCCCAACCAUUUUCCAGUUCCAACUUUUGCCAAGGCCAACACUUCAGUCACCACGUCCAUGGAAUGUAUAA